UCUUAAACAACUUUAGUUACGUGAUCGAAUAAUUUUCGAACCAUACUUAGUAUGAUUUUCGCCGGCUGAUAAUGUAAUUAUUUAUUAUUAAUAAAGAAUAUAAAUUAGAACGUUGUUUAAGUUUAUAAGUAACGAUAGAUAUCAAAAGAUCAUUACUAAUAUUUAUUGGAAUUUACAGCAAUGUAAAUAACUAGCUUUCGGUAGGUUAAAAUGUCCAUUUGUGUUAGGAUAUGUUACGAAAAAUGAGACAGUUCGAUGACAAAAUCAUAUACAUGUUAAAUACAACACUUCCUACAGAAUCAUUUAAAGGAGAAGUAAAUCCAACCUCAAAGUGUAAAGAAUUGUACGAAGAAGUUCAGCAUAGUCAUAUUCAAAGAGAAAGUGCCAUCAAUAAAUGUUUAAUCAUUGCUAAAGAAAGAGUGAAACAUUUAAAAAAUCAAAAGGAAAGUCAAGGGAAUGAUCCAAUAUUUAUAAAAAGUUUACGAAAAGAACAGAAUAAUUUACGCUUAUUGCAAUCAGAACUUGGUGUGGAAGAAGUUUUGAGAAAUCGUACAAUGCAAGCUUAUCAUGAUAGGUGUCGCAGUUAUUAUAAACCACCAACUAGUCCAUAGAAUAUCUUUUACAGAAUUCUUCCACAUGAUAUAUGAUUUUAAAAAAGUAAUGUAUGUAUGUAAUAGUUAUAACAAUAAAAAAGUACGUAAUUUAUGGAUACUGAAUUAAAUAAAAUCAUUAUGGAAGGAUUCUUUUUGCUGUUACAGUGUACAAAUUAUCUUGCUGGUAAUAAAAUAGUUAAACGUUCGUGGAUAUCAAUAACUGAAAUCGUAUGAUCGUACGUUUUUGCGACAAAUGAAUUUUUUAUAAAGGAUGAGAUAAUUAGAGUCAACAACUAUCUUGUUAUGUGCAUAUAUUAAAGGUCUACCUGUUUAUUAAAUAUAUUUUAUAAAAAGAAAAACAGAAAAA